UUAACUAUAUUUAUUUAUUUGUUGUUCUUUUCACUAUAUCUGUAAAGCGUCUUUGAGCACCUGGAAAAGCGCAAACAAAAUAAAUCUAUUAUUGUUAUUAAUAGCAGAGUGGAAUAUUUGAUACGAUCAAAUAAGGUCAUAUGGAUGCAAAAAUAAGGCUGCAUACUUCUUUCAGUAUGUAGUGCAACUGCACUAGCAUGCAGAAUACACACAAUUGGGAACAAACGUCUUAUAUCUUGAACUUUAACCCUCUUUCUCAUUUAUCCGUCGCAAUUUUUGCACAAUUUGAACAAUAUAUUAUAGGGGCCAUAUCUAUACAAAACAUGUCUCAGAAGUGUUUUGGUCAAAAUACCAAAUAAAUCGCCCAUUGCAGCAUGCCUCAUACCCCUCUCUUUCAGCCCUGUUACUAAAUAAUAAUAAUAAUAAUACAUUUAUAUAGCGCUUUUCCUGGUGCUCAAAGCGCUAUACAAGCAAGUAAAGUAGAAACAAAAUAACAACAAAAGUAAAAAGUGCUAGGUGGAAUAAGGGCGAGGGUUUAGUGGAUUAGGGGUUGAAGGCAAGAGUGAAAAGGUGAGUUUUGAGGGAUUGUUUUAAUGAUGAGAGAAAGUGCUGAUUCUGGGUCAGUGGCUUCAAAUGUAACCCAUUUUGCUCUCAGAUUGAUUGAUGCUUUUAACUUCAAUAUUUAAAAAAAAAUCCCGGACCACCCUAGAGGAUGUUAGGUCCACUCCCCACUUGUAAAAAUAGCACUUUACCCCUGCUUACACCUAUAUGCCGUGAGCUGAUUAUCGAGCCUUCAUUGUAACAGUUGCAGGUGUAUGUGCGUGUGGGGAGUGUUGCAGUAGAAAAUUCAACUGAAGCGCCCGGGACAUUAAUGGGAAACCCCACAUGUUUGAGCACCCUCUAUACGUCAAGCUACCCCACAGCACCCCCAAAAGAAAAUAUCUGGCGCCGCCACUGCACACCGGGGACACAAAACACAUUGAAAAGUGCAUUUUGCAUAAUAGGUGACCGUUAAAAUAAAAAUAUGUGAUCUUAUGCUCGCCACAGAUGGAGAGCUUUCCAAGUUAACAUUGAUUGAUAUGACUGCGAUUAAAUCAGCAUAUACUUCUGCCGGGGGAUGCCACCCCUCAACAUCUCUUGCCACCCCAUGAAUAUUUGUCUAGAUCCGCCCCUGAUUGGAAUGCAUUAGUUUAGAAUCAGGUGUCAAUUCAAUAAUGUUGGUUGCCUAGCAACUGUAUAGGCAACUUGGAAUGCAAUUAUUUGAAUAACUUAAUAGUCGAACAAAGUGAUGUCACACGGAAUGUGCAGAGGUCACUAUCUGGUCACAUGAUGCAAUGAUGUCAUUAUUGGCUUUUAUCUUGUAGAACCAAAUUCUUAUAGGAGUCUUGAGUCCAGCAGUUCGUUGAGACACAACACAGGUUGCAGUACAGAGAGUAUUUUCGCAACACAACACCACAACACAGAACAAACUGAAAUGGCUCAUCCAAUCUACAAUUCCUGCAUAUUGAAGCGCCGGGAUCAAACAAUGAUGCGCAAACAGGCAGAGGAGGACUAUAGGUCUGAGUCGGCUGCAAAUGAGGUGGAUUUCAAGAGAACGGACCGGCACUUAUCAUUGGCGCUUGACGCAGCCAAGGAUAAGAGGUUCUUCCAGAAUGAAAGUGUCAGGAAGUUCCAUAGCGACCUCUUAAAAGAAAAAAUAAGAAAGGACAAUGAAGUUAUUGCUGCGUAUAAUAGAGAGAUAGCGAGGAAGGCUGACCAACAGAGAAGGGAAAAGGAAGAAGAGAUACGUCAGUUAUGUAUUGAUGCUCAGAGAAAAGAGGAGGAAAAAACUUGUCAGAGACGCCGUGAUAAUGUGGCUCUGAAAAACGAGCUUAUUAAGAGGACCAAGGAGAAGAAGCUGUUGAGAGAAGAGGAGAGACGGCAGGAGAAGAAAGAAAGAGACCAUCUCUGGGCCCUCGAUGAACAGCAUCAACAGAAUCUUAGACAUGAGCAACGAAAAGAACUGGAGGCAAAGGACAAAAAGCUAAAACUUCGCAAAGAGGAAAUCUGUAGAAAAAACUGGCAAAGAGAAAGAGAAAUUGAAAAACUGAACAUGAAGGAUAAAGAAACUAAACGUGUUCAGACUGACAUAGAGGAAGUGCUGCAGCAGAGAAAACAGGAGAAGUCAGAACAAUUCAAGAUGAAGCAGAUUCCUAAGGAUAUAGUUAAUGACCAACUGGCAGAUGCUAAAAAACAGCAGGCUGCUCAGAGAAUCCAGAGAGACAAGGUGAAGUUCUCCAAGGAAGUGGCCGAGGCAGAGGCUAAAGUGAUACAACGGCAGAAGGACGUGAAGGAGAAGAGGGAUGCGGCUCUGAAGAGCAUUGCCACUUACAGAGUGGAAAAACAUCAUAGAAAUGAACAGAAGGAGAGAGAGGAGAAAAAGGCCAGCCUGGACUCGUUACAUCAACUGAAACAGCUUGACAGGUUGUCUGAGGAGCAAACUAAACGAGAAGUGCAUUUAAAAAGACAAAACAACAUUAAGCAUCAAGAGGUUGUAUUAUCUGAUGCUGCUAAAAAUAAAGCCCUUCAUCAACAGAAGAUAAGAGAGGACGUAUAUGCUUCCAGAGAAAUGGAGAAACAGAUUGCUGAGGGAGAGAAUCAAAUCCAGCAAUACAUGCGGCAGGAGGGCGGGCAUCUUCCAGCAGCUCAGACAGGACAGGAGAUGCCAGAUUACAAUUACUUCUGUCGACAAACUGAUGAGCGGUUGCCCAAACGUGGUACUGCCCCAUUUAGCAGGGCGUGCUUAAUGAAACGGUAUCUGGAACGCGGCAGCCUGCAGCUAGCCACGGUGGAUGUGAGGCCGCACGAUCUGCCAACACUUUCCAGAGCUGGUGAUGGUUCAAAAGAUGCAGGUGAACCGUUGCCCACGAAGGCAAAUUCUACAUGGCAGCGCACCCCUUCCUCGGAGGAGAAGAUAAAGCAGUACCUGGAAAAGGACAAGUUUCAGCUCAAAGAGAGCAGUACUGCUGAUCUGCGGCCAACCCGCCCCCCAACCAUUAAAACACCGGGAGCACCUGCAGGAAGACACUCUGCCCCAACUGGGGUGGAGUCAUCAAAGAACCGUGGGAAAGAAAUAGGAGAGCGGUUGCCCAGAUUGGACACUCCUAAAAGCCGGGACACCAAGCAGGAGAACAGUAAAGGGAACCUGCAGCGUACCCUCCUCACACCACUUCACAAGGAGAACAGUAAAGGGAACCUGCAGCGUACCCUCCUCACACCACUUCACAAGGAGAACCGUAAAGGGAACCUGCAGCGUACCCUCCUCGCACCACUUCACAAGAAGAACAGUGAAAAUAACCUGCAGCGUACCCUCCUCACACCACUUCACAAGAAGAACAGUGAAAAUAACCUGCAGCGUACCCUCCUCGCACCACUUCACAAGGAGAACAGUAAAGGGAACCUGCAGCGUACCCUCCUCACACCACUUCACAAGAAGAACAGUGAAAAUAACCUGCAGAGUACCCCCCUCGCACCACUUCACAAGAAGAACAGUGAAAAUAACCUGCAGCGUACCCCCCUCCCACCACUCACAAUAACAAACACUCCUGCAGUAAAGAUCUGUUCCGCUCGGGUUGUGUUGCGAGACCACAGGACAGUGACAGGGGAACCAUUGCUCAGAUAUGCCACUCGGCAAACACAAAUGAUCAAGAGGGAGCAGGAGCACCUCACGUUAGGUAGUAUGUAUUAAAUGGCCAAUCUACAUCCCCCCCCUACCCCUCUACUCCCCUACCCCACUUUUCCCCCUCUACCUUUAAUGUAAUGUGUUCCCAUUGUUCCCCCUUUCCCCCUAAAUCCAUGUAGUCUUCAUGAAUGGGUUUUCUCCAGGUAUUCUGGGUUUUUCCAACAGACUGAAUGUUUCAGCAUUAAAAAAACACCCGGGGGGGAGGGGGGGGUGCACGCUUACAGUAAUUGCGCCGCAUAAGUGCCCCGUUAAGCAGGGCGUGCUUAAUGAAACGGUAUCGGGAACGCGGCAGCCUGCAGCUAGCCACGGUGGAUGUGAGGCCGCACUUUCUGCCAACACUUUCCAGAGCUGGUGAUGCCCGCCAUGGUUCAAAAGAUGCAGGUGAACCGUUGCCCACGAAGGCAAAUUCUACAUGGCAGCGCACCCCUUCCCCGAGGAAGUUAUCUUUAACUUAAUGUGUUCCCCCUUUCCCCCUAAAUCCAUGUAGUCUUCAUGAAUGGGUUUUCUCCAGGUAUUCUGGGUUUUUCCAACAGACUGAAUGUUUCAGCAUUAAAAAAACACCCGGGGGGGGGGGGGGGUGCACGCUUACAGUAAUUGCGCCGCAUAUGCGCUUCGGGUGAGGCCCCCUCCGCGAUGUGAGGCCCCCUCUGCGUGUAGGGAGGGGCGGGCCUGCUUAUUGUCUUAAAUGGAAUAAGUAAACUGUUUACUGUUUUAAAUAUUUAUCAAGUAAUCACAAUUUUGAUUUGAAACUAGCGAUAGAGACCGUAAACUUAUAAAGAAUAUGUUUGCUGGAAGUGAUACCGAGUUAAUGAAGUGAUAGGAAGAUUAUUUUCUCGUUAACUACUGUUCAAAUGUUUUUUUUUUUCAAUAAAUGGAUGUUUUCAAAAUAAA